UUUACAUGCUGUCUAGCUUCCAACCUGUCUAUACUCUAUGCGUGCUAAACUGCAUUCCUAGUGGAAUAAACGGGCUUACCAGGAGCCGGGGACGGGUGAGUGGGCGAGCUAAUUACAGAACUGAAAAACUGGAAGAAGAAAAGGUCUGUACUUUUAGUGUUUGGGGAUGAUGGGCUGCUCUCUUCCUUUUCAAAUUCACGCUGCAGCAGCUGCAGGUAUUACAUGUACCCCAAGAAGUGCUCUCUUCUCUUUGGCUCCUCGAUGCCUCUUCCUCCUUAACCCCAGCACCACUGGCAGUGGUAGAAAGCAAAGUUCACCACAUCAUCAUGAGUGUGGAACAACUUCUGGUGUGUCGGAGCUGAGCAGCCCCGAGCUCGUUGCUAUGGAGUAUGCCGACCUCAAGCUUAGUGAGAAAGUCGGCCAGGUGGGUCACGUUCGAAUCCGGCAACAUGUGAACCCUCUUAGCUCUUCUUUCUCGGUCCCUGCACAAGUGCCAAACUGGAAUGAAGUCUUCAGAGACUCCACGCUGCCGCUCAUGGUGGAUAUCGGCAGCGGUAGCGGCAGAUUCCUCAUAUGGCUUGCAAAAAGGAUUCCUGAUUCAAAAAAUUAUUUGGGAUUUGAAAUACGGAAAAAAUUGGUCAAGCGUGCACAGUUGUGGGUGAAAGAAUUGUCUCUUAAUAACAUAUAUUUCAUGUUUGCAAAUGCCACUGCUUCUUUUGAACAAGUAUUAUCAACAUAUCCUGGACCUUUAGUAUUAGUCUCUAUCCUGUGCCCAGAUCCACAUUUCAAGAAAAGGCAUCACAAGAGAAGAGUUGUGCAGAAGCCUUUAGUAGAUUCUAUUUUAAAGAAUUUAAGUGCUGGAGGGCAGGUUUUCAUUCAGUCAGACGUAUUUGAAGUGGCACUUGACAUGAGGAAUCAGUUUGAGUCUCAUAAUGAUAUGCUUGAACAUAUUGAUGUCAUUGAUCCUAGUGUAAUAUGUGAUGAUCAGGGGUGGCUUUUAAGCAACCCAAUGGGGAUACGGACUGAAAGGGAGAUCCAUGCAGAAUCUGAAGGGGCAAAAAUUUACAGAAGGCUGUACCAGAAACGAAUGUGAUUUGUCAUAUUUGUACAAUAACACCAAAAGAGAGCACAAUUAGUGAAGUCCCUCUUUUACUAAUGCCUGUUCUUCUGGAAUGAACUACUCUAUGACUCAAAGCAUUCACCGAUCCAUAUUGCUGGUCCUUAGAUACGUUUUCCCCCUUUCCCAUUCCCCAUAUUGAUGGGUUUAAAAAAGUUUUUUUACCACUCA